UCACUAGCAUGUUUUGUGGUCUUGCUUUCGUUUCUCUCUGUCACUUUCCUUAAAUGCUCAAAGUGCUGCCCUUUCAUCUUUAUCACUUUCAGUGAUAGUAUAUUGUAUAUUGUGGCUCUAACAGCCAUUGAGAACGCACGAUAUAGAACGACUCACAUCCUUGAGAGAAGUCUCAAGUUUGAUAUACAAAUAUUGGGGGUUAAAGCUGUGCAGCACCCUGCAAUGGAGAUGGGUUCGAUGUGGAUGGUCCUCUUAGCAAUAUUGGCUGGCUUGGCGUCUGUAAAAUGGGUUCUGGAGAGAGUGAAUUGGUGGCUGUAUGAAUCCCAGUUGGGUGAUAUGCAGUACUCUCUGCCGCCAGGGGAUUUGGGUUGGCCUUUUGUUGGCGAUAUGUGGUCUUUCCUGCGAGCCUUCAAGUCCGACGAUCGUGACUCUUUCAUCCGUUCCUUCGUUUCCAGAUUCGGACACAUUGGAAUCUACAAGGCCUUCAUGUUUGGGAGCCCCAGUGUAAUUGUCACAACGCCCGAAACAUGUAAAAGAGUAUUAAAUGAUGAUGAUGCAUUUAAGCCAGGAUGGCCGACUGCCACAGUGGAGCUCAUAGGAAAGAAAUCAUUUAUUGGCAUUUCUUACGAACAGCACAAGCGUCUCCGCCGUUUAACUGCAGCUUCUGUCAAUGGCCAUGAAGCAUUGUCCAUGUACAUCCAAUACAUUGAAGAGAAUGUGAUAUCUGCCUUGGACAAAUGGUCCAAGAUGGGAGAUAAUGAAUUCUUAUCGGAACUCCGAAAGCUCACUUUUAGGAUAAUAAUGUAUAUUUUCCUCAGCUCAGAAAGCGAAGAGGAAAUGGAAGCCUUGGAAAGGGAGUACACAACGCUUAACUAUGGAGUUAGAGCCAUGGCAAUCAAUGUCCCCGGAUUUUCUUACCAUAAAGCCCUCAAGGCUCGGAAAAACUUAGUGGCAGUGUUUCAAUCUAUGGUGAAUAAGCGGAGAAAGCAGAAGAAGAUGAAUAACUCAACGAACAAGAAAGACAUGUUAGAUGCCUUGAUGGAUGUCAAAGACGAGAAAGGUGAAACAUUAGAUGACGAGGAAAUCAUUGAUAUCAUGCUGAUGUACCUGAAUGCAGGCCAUGAAUCUUCUGGCCAUACUACAAUGUGGGCCACUAUUUUCCUGCAACAAUACUCGGAAUUUCUAGAAAAGGCAAAGGCGGAGCAAGAGAGGAUCAUUAAAAAAAGGCCAUCAACACAGAAGGGUUUAACCCUUAAGGAAAUUAGAGAAAUGGAUUAUCUUUCUAAGGUGAUUGAUGAGACGCUUCGCUUGAUAACAUUCUCAUUGACGGUCUUCCGAGAGGCAAAAACAGAUGUCCAUAUAAGCGGUUACACCAUUCCCAAGGGAUGGAAAGUUUUAGUCUGGUUCAGAAGCAUUCACUUGGAUCCUGAGAUUUAUACAAAUCCAAAAGAAUUUAAUCCUUCUCGAUGGGACUAUCAUGCUGCCAGAGCAGGAACUUUCCUUCCUUUUGGAGCAGGAAGCAGGUUGUGCCCUGGAAAUGAUCUUGCCAAGCUUGAAAUUGCUAUUUUUCUUCAUCAUUUUCUCCUCAACUAUCAGCUGGAGCGGCUUAAUCCUGAGAGUAAAAUUAGGUAUUUACCACAUUCAAGACCUGCAGAUAAUUGCUUGGCGAGAAUUAAGAAACACCCUCCUCGUCUGCCUAAGGAAGAAAAGUGAAAAAUAUUAGUAGGUUCAAGAUAAUCUGUAGGCAGUCGAUUUCAUCAAGGAUUUCUUUUGGACUUACUUUCUUGGAAAUCGUAGGUCUACAUUCUUGCACACUUUUGGUUAUCUCGGGGUCCAUAUGCCACUGUAGGAUAAUUUUGACUACUUGGUUUACUGUAUUACUAUAUGUAUGAAUUUAUUUUGUUCUCACGCUACAAAAAAUAUUUAU